CGCGCUCUCCCCUCCCUGCUCGGGGCCGCCCUCUCGCGCCUUCGUCGCCGCCGCCCCAGCCCCAGCCCCAGCCUCAGCGCGCGCCGCUCGCUCCGAUGAGCUCCUACUUUGUGAACCCGCUGUACUCCAAGUACAAGGCGGCGGCGGCGGCGGGCGAGGCCAUCAAUCCCACUUACUACGACUGUCACUUUGCACCCGAUGUCAGCGGCCGCCACGCCGCCGCCCGCCGCCGCGCCGCCGCCGCCCUGCAGCUGUAUAGUAACAGCGCCGCCGGCUUCCAGCAUCACCACCAUCACCACCACCACCACCAGCCGCAGCAGCAUCCGCAGCAGCCGCAGCAGCAGCCUCACCCGGGACCCGCUAGCGGAGGGGGCGGCGGCGGCGGGGGCCCAGACUAUUACCACCCUGCCGGGGGGAGUCCGGCCUCUGCCUACCAGCCGGCCCCCCCUCCUCCUCCGCAUCCUCCUCCUCCGCCUCCUCCUCCGCCGCCGCCUCCCCCCUGCAGUGGGAUUGCCUGUCACGGGGAGCCCGCUAAGUUUUACGGAUACGAUAACUUACAGAGACAGCCGAUUUUUACGACCCAGCAAGAGGCCGAGCUGGUACAAUAUCCUGACUGUAAAUCGUCCAGUGGUAAUAUUGGCGAGGACCCAGACCACUUAAAUCAGAGCUCGUCUCCUUCUCAAAUGUUUCCCUGGAUGAGACCACAAGCAGCUCCUGGUAGGAGGAGAGGAAGACAAACGUACAGUCGUUUCCAAACGCUAGAGCUGGAAAAGGAAUUCCUUUUUAACCCUUAUCUGACCAGGAAGAGAAGGAUUGAGGUUUCCCACGCUCUAGGACUCACCGAGAGGCAGGUAAAGAUAUGGUUUCAGAACAGGAGAAUGAAAUGGAAAAAAGAGAACAACAAGGACAAAUUUCCCGUAUCCAGGCAGGAGGGAAAGGAAGGGGAAACAAAAAAAGAAGCACAUGAUCUGGAAGAGGACAGAGCUGGGGGCCAGACAAAUUAACUUAUGCCUUUAAAAUUUUACCGUAGACUAUUAAAAAUAAUGAUCAACAUAUGCUGGUGAAUGCCACCUGUUUUCUUUAUUGUAAAGGAUUCUACCUGUAUUUCAAGCUACCAUAAUGUCACUGCUCUUGAUGUUUCUGUGCUUGAGAGGUGUUUGGGUUAAAAAAAAAUUCAGGCAGAGCAUAGAAAUAAUUCAGCUGGGUUUUUUUUUUGUGGAAAUUUGAUACCGCCUUUAUAGCAAUAUUUUUAAAUUGUAAUUUUUAAUAUCUAAGUUGAUGAUUGCCUCAACAACAUAAACUUCCUAAUGAUAAGCAUGAGUAGUUGAACCUAAAAUGCUUUAUUAAUCGAAACAAGUGCACUUGAACAUUUUAAAACUUUUUUUCUUGUGGUGAGUAAAUUAAAAGAAAUCUAUUAGUUUUUUUUGAAGAAAUUAUGUCA